UAGCAGCUUUCCCAACUUUCAAACUUGGCGGCGAUUUUGGCGCCACUGCGGUGAUCGAAUGAAUUUUGCGGCCAUUACUCUCCUCGAGCAUUCCUCAGCAUUCACCCUUUGAACAGUGUUUUCCAGCAAAAUUCAACGCCAGAUCCGGUGCUAACACGAUGAGCAACCACAAGCUCAAGUACAAAAACACGGGCCUCGACUCGCAGGAACUGCGGCGACGGCGAGAGGAGGAAGGUGUCCAGCUGAGGAAACAGAAGCGAGAGCAGCAGCUGUCCAAACGCAGAAAUGUCAACAUCAGUUUGGAAACGCAGCCGGACGAGCCGACCUCCACCGCUUCCAUGCAGAAUGACCUGGUGGCUCAGGUGUCGCAGAGUGGGAUCACGCCUGAAAUGGUGCAGGCCUUGUACAGCAGCAACACAGAAGACCAGCUUUUAGCGACACAAAAGUUCAGAAAGCUGCUCUCGAGAGAACCGAAUCCGCCGAUCGACGAGGUCAUCAACACUGGAAUUGUCCCCCGAUUCGUCGAAUACCUCCACAGCCAAAAUGGCACCCUUCAAUUUGAGGCUGCGUGGGCCUUGACAAACAUUGCUUCCGGCACGUCCCUGCAGACGAGGAUGGUGAUCGACGCUGGAGCGGUGCCGUUGUUCAUCGAGCUGCUCAGCUCGAACAAUGAGGACGUGCAGGAGCAGGCGGUGUGGGCACUGGGAAAUAUUGCUGGCGACUCGCCCGAGUGCAGAGACCAUGUCAUCCAACAGGACAUUCUAGUGCCACUGCUACAGUUGCUAGGAAAGACAAACAGAGUUUCGAUGACGAGGAAUGCAGUUUGGGCGCUGAGCAACCUUUGUCGCGGCAAGAAUCCACCGCCGGACUUCCACAAGGUGUCGCCGUGCCUGCCGGUGCUCUCUCGCUUACUCUUCCACAAUGACGCUGACGUUCUGGCAGACGCGUGUUGGGCCCUUUCCUACCUCAGCGACGGACCCAAUGAAAAAAUCCAGGCUGUCAUCGACGCCGGCGUGUGCAGACGACUUGUUGAACUGCUCAUGCACAACCAGCACAACGUGGUAUCGGCGGCUCUGCGCGCUGUCGGAAACAUUGUGACCGGUGACGACGCGCAAACUCAAAUGAUCCUGAACUGCUCGGCGCUGCCGUGUCUGUUCCACCUGCUCUCCUCGCCCAAAGAGACGAUUCGCAAAGAGGCCUGCUGGACAAUCUCCAACAUCACGGCCGGAAACAAGCAACAAAUUCAGGCUGUGAUAGACGCAAACAUUUUCCCCGUGCUCAUCGAUAUCCUCAGCAAGGCUGAAUUCAAAACUAGGAAAGAGGCGGCUUGGGCCAUUACAAAUGCAACGUCAGGUGGAUCGACAGAGCAGAUUUUCUACCUUACUAGCCAGAGCUGCAUCCCUCCUCUGUGUGACCUGCUGACUGUGCAAGACGCCAAAAUUGUGCAGGUUGCCCUCAACGGACUGGAAAACAUUUUGCGCAUGGGUGAGCAGGAAUCCAAGGGCAACAGCGUCAACUACUAUGCUGUAAUGAUCGAGGAGUGCUAUGGUUUGGACAAAAUCGAAUUCCUACAGUCGCACGAGAACAUGGAAAUCUACCAGAAGGCGUUUGACAUCAUUGAACACUUCUUCGGCAGCGAGGAGGAGGACGUUCGAGUGGCGCCUUCAGCCGACCAGAACCAGUUCCAGUUCGGAGCGUCGCAGCAGGGGCCCGGGGGUGGAUUUCAAUUUUAAAAUUAAAAGGACAAACAUCUCCGGCGUUUAUCAAGAGUCGAGGACACAUUGUUUUCAGUUCCGUCACCUCCACUGCUUUCAAAACGAGUUAUCAGUUGUUGCAUUGGAGCAGAGAGAUAUAAUAUGCCUGUUUUUAUACACGCGAUUGGACGGAGAUGGAUCGUUGCUCGCCCUACCCUUCUUCAGCUCUGUCCAACCGGCUUGGUUACAAUUUCUAUUACGCGAUUACUGUCGAAUGAACGAGUGAGAUGACUUAAUCUGAAAGAGGUGCUUUUUAAUUUCUUUUUUUGGAGAGAAAUCAAAAGAGCUGCCAUGUUCUGAUCUUUUUCUAAGUUAGUAUAGUUUUGUCUCGGUAACUGAAAUUGUUGAGUUACUCUUUAAGAAAUGCAAUUAGGUGCUGUGUUGAAAACGUAAUCUGUAGGUAAUCUAUUAUUAAUCACACAACAAAAUUAAUUUAUGAACAGAUACCAACACCAGUGACUUUGUAAAAAUUGCUAUUAUGCUAAAUUCCUUUGUAAUUUUCCGUUUCGGACAAAUAAAAUUUGUUUAAAUUUAACUGAAGGAGA